AUGGGUGAUGCAACUGUAUCAAGUUUUGAAACAAACACAAUGCCUUCAACUAGUAGAACACCAGUUUCUACAGCAAUGGCUACUGCAGAAAAAACUGAAAAGUUUACUGGUAUUGACUUCAAACGUUGGAAGCAGAAGAUGUUCUUCUAUCUAACUACACUUAGUCUACAACGAUUUAUAAAUGAAGAUGUUUCUGUGUUAGAAGAAGGAAAUCCUGACAACAAAAAACUUAUUGUGACUGAGAAAUACAAAACUGAAGAUGCAGGCUUAAAGAAGUUUGUGGCUGCAAAAUUUUUGGACUAUAAGAUGGUUGAUAGCAAGACUGUGAUGUCUCAAGUCCAAGAAUUACAAGUCAUUAUUCAUGAUCUCCUGGCAGAAGGUAUGGUCAAUAAUGAGACAUUUCAAGUAGCAGCGUUUUUUGAAAAACUACCUCCUUCAUGGAAAGACUUCAAAAAUUAUUUGAAGCACAAGCGAAAUGAGAUGACUCUUGAAGAUUUAAUUGUUCGUCUUAGGAUCGAGGAAGACAACAAGGCUGCCGAAAAGAAGGCUAGAGGAAACUCAAUAAUUAUGGGAGAAAAUAUUGUUGAGGAUGGUCCAAAUAAAUCAAAAAAGAGGAAAAAACCUUUUGGACCAAAAAACUAUCCUAGCAAAAAGAAGUUUAAAGGAGACUGCCACAACUGUGGAAAAACUAAACAUAAGGCUGUGGAAUGUCGUGUUCCCAAGAAGAAAAAGAAGAAAGAUCAAGCCAACAUGGUUGAUACAAAUGGGGAUGUUGAAAACUUAUGUGCAAUGAUGACUGAAUGCAACCUGGUAGGAAAUCUCACAAAAUGGUGGCUUGAUUCAGGAGCUACGUCGCAUGUUUGUGCAGUUCGAGAAGCCUUCGCUAUUUAUUCCCCUGCCGCACCUAAUGCGACUAUCUUUAUAGAAAAUUCUGCAAUGGCUAAGGUUGAAGGAUAUGGUAGAAUGUUAAUUGCACUAGCUGCAGUAUAUGUCCUUGAAAUUUAUCAAAUAGAUGUAAAAACAACUUUCUUAAACGGAGAAUUGGAGGAAGAACUUUACAUAGAACAACCCGAGGGCUUUGUGGUUCCUGAUAAAGAAAAUAAAGUUUACAAACUUGUCAAGUCACUUUAUGGACUAAAACAAGCACCCAAACAAUGGCACGCAAAGUUUGACCAAGACAAAUGA